ACCCACAGAAGGCGCGUCUCAUCUCUUUACGCUAAUCAUGGCUGCCGACAGCCGGAAGAAGAUCUUUCGUUUGCUGUGCAGGUUUGGCGCAAUCAUUCUGACCCGUUUUGGCUUCUGGAAUUGUUUCUGCAUGUUGAUGCUGUUUGCUGAACGGACCGAAGUCAAAAGGAGGCCAGACAUUCAGGUGCCUUACUUGUAUGUGGACAUGGCAGUGGCGGUCCUGUGUGCCAGUUUCAUGUCAUUUGGAGUGAAACGCCGUUGGUUUGCUAUGGGUGCAGCUCUUCAAGUGGCGGUCAGUUCUUAUGCCUCUUACAUUGGAGGCCAAGUGCAUUAUGGGGACUGGCUAAAGGUCCGGAUGUAUUCUAGGGCUAUAGCAAUAAUUGGUGGCUUCCUGGUGCUGGCUAGUGGUGCAGGAGAGGUGUAUCGUCAAAAACCCAGGACCAGAUCUUUACAAUCAACGGGCCAAGUCUUCAUCGGCAUAUAUUUGAUCUGCUUGGCCUACUCUCUGCAGCACAGUCAGGAGGAUCGACUGGCCUACUUAAACCACAUCCCUGGUGGUGAAAUUACCCUGCAGCUUCUGUUUGUCCUCUAUGGUGUGGUGGCCUUAUCAUUCCUUUCAGGUUACUAUGUCCGCGUUGCUGCUCAGAUCCUCUCAACUCUGCUUCCGCUCAUCAUACUCUUUAUAGACGGAAAUAUUGGCUACUGGCACAACACUCGACGUGUGGAAUUCUGGAACCAGUUAAAGUUAAUGGGACAAAAUGUGGGCAUCUUUGGUGCUGUACUCAUCCUUGCUACUGACGGAUGACCUAAUCUGCACGUAGCUCUGACCACUUCAACAGACUUGUCCAGUUUUUUUUGGGGAUUCAGUCAGUUGUUUACAGUAGCACUGCACAGUUCUCAUAGGAGUCAAACACUCUCCUUCAGGGAAAUGUACUUUUCAUAUUCAAUAGCUUUGAGCAUGUAUGGCAAAAGAGCAAGAUGAAGAUGUUGAAAUAGCUGACAAGCGCCUAUUAGACACGGGCUGUUCUUUGCUUUAAUUGAUGAUUGCAUGGUGGUCUUUUUUUUAUCAGAUUGUAUUUGUCAUUUCCACUCUCUGUAUGAUUUUAAAUUUAUAGCUGAUUUGAUUAAUUCCUACAGCAUCCAUAGAAAUGUUUGUCAGCAAUAUCUUGAAUUUAGAUGAAUUGGGCAGCUUUUUAAGGCUUUCUUAAAUAUCCGAUAAAGUGACCUUUCACAACA